AUGCCCACCGCCAUCACCGCCUGCCGCCUCGUUGCGGCCCUGAUCCUGGCGACCAGCGCAGGGUUCGCCGCCGCUACGGAGAAGCCCAUGCCUGCCCAAACCGUCACCGGACCCUUCGACGUCAAGCUCAGCCCCGAGCCCGCCAGCGCGGCCGCGGAGAUCGCCGGCAUCGGCCGCAUGUCGCUGGACAAGACCUUCCAUGGCCCGCUGCAGGGCACGAGCCGCGGCGAGAUGAUCGCGUUCCGCAGCGCCACGCCCGGCUCGGCGGGCUACGUGGCGAUGGAAACC